AUGGCGACGAAUCUGAGCCAUCAAUUCUCAUCAACGAUCGUAACGAAAGCUGAGCCUCUGGCUUGUUCAGCUAUCAAUUCAGUGAGCCGGCUCUUGUCCUCCUCGACCGGGCAAUCUCAACCGGAGCGUGAAAACGCAGAGGUGAAAUACGAUGGAAAGAGUGAAAAGCCAACUGAGGAUGGUGAAGAUGAGUUGGACUUGAAUAAAGAGACGGGUGAGAUCGGCGGGCCGAAAGGGCCCGAGCCUACCCGGUAUGGCGAUUGGGAAAAAAACGAUCGGUGCUCUGAUUUUUAA